AUGCCCUACGCACUCUGCUGUCACCACUGGCUGAAUUCCGAACCCAGCCGCCUGGAUAUACACGGUCGACGCAGCUCCAGCUCGCCGAGACUGGAAGUGAAACACACUGGCGGAUUCCGAGUCGCCGGCGGGGAGAGCGAGAGCCCGGGUCCGGGGUGGACUCGGGCGUCCGCGGCUCGGAGGCCUGCCCCGAGUCCCCCGAACCCGCCCCCCCGGCCCCCUCCUAAGGGCCGACAGGUACGCACUCGCUUCCGGCGGGCCCCAGGGCUCCGGGAACCGGUGGAAGUGGGGGUCGGGCAGCCGGUCCACUGGGCCCUUCGGGACCCCCAGCCACGUGGGACGGGCUCUACACCGGGAGUGCAACGACACAGCCCAGCCCGAGGCGGGCCUCGCCCCUACUUACCGCUGCGGACCCGGCCCCGCGUGGCGCGCAUUGUUUGCCCCGCCCCGAGCGCGGCUGCCGCAACCACCCGCCUUAAAGGGCCCGGACCCGAGAGACCGCCGGGCGCCUGCAGCGCGGCAGGCGGCGGGGGUGGGCGGCGCGCGCCAGAAUACACGCGUUUCCGGUCCCACCUCCCCCAGAUUGGUGUUUCCCGAGCGCUGGGGUGCGCGGCGUCGCAGGUGUGCUGGCCGCGCCGUGGAGGAGGACGCUGGGGGAGAGGGCAUCAGGCCUCCCUCCGGUGGGUCCCCAAAGUAUUCAGACCACCAAAUCGGUUUCCCGGCCGCCGAGGGCAGCGUGGGCGAAGGCAGCAAGGUGUGGAGCCGCGGGUGCACUCUUGGAGCUCUGAACCACCAUUUAAGUCCAGCUACCUGGAGGCCGCCAUGCUGUGAGGAAGCUGAAGCUAACCACCUGGAGAGAUCCUGUGGAGAAACAUGCCCAAACAGCACCCAGCUCUCCUAGCCAUCCUGGCCCAAGUGACUAACCUGUGAGUGAAGAAUCCUUCCCAUGACUCUACUCUCAGAAGCCAUCUGACUAUAACUGCAUGAGUGACCCCAAGAAGAGCUUCCCAGAUGAGUCCAUCAAACCCCAAACCAUGAGAGAUAACAAUAAAUUGUUGUUUUAAUCCACUAAGUUUUGAGGUGAUUUGUUACACAGCAAGAUAA